AUGCGACCUCCGGGGAAGAAUUGGCCGCAGGGUUUUUACUUACGCCACCCGCAGUUGAAAGCGCGACGGCUACGAGCGAUCGAUCGGAAGCGAGAUGAUCGGCAGAUCGAAGAGAAAGUCCGAUUCUGGUUUGCCGUCAUUGGCCGUGAACUAGCUGAUUCAGCCAUUCUCCCGGAAAAUGUAUAUAACAUGGACGAGACGGGAGUUCUUCUUAGCGUUCUCAACUCCCUUAAGGUGCUCGUCGGCAAAGAUGAUUUGAGAAAGCAUCGAGGAACCACGGUGAAGCGGAAGCUAGUCACAGCGGUUGAAUGCAUUUCCGCCGAUGGUCGCUCCCUUCAUCCUCUCAUUAUCUGGCCGGCCGCCACCCAUCGUGGUUCGUGGACCACUCAUGCUACACCCGGAUGGCAUUUUGCCUGCUCCAAAACAGGCUAUACGAAUACAGAAAUCAGUCUGUACUGGAUCGAACAUGUGUUCGAUCCUCAGACUCGAGAGCGAGCCGGCGAUCGCCCACGGCUCUUAAUCUGCGAUGGUUUCGGCACCCACGAGUCUCUGGAGGUUAUGAAAUUCUGCUUUGCCAACCGCAUUAUCUUGUGUCGUCUCCCUUCUCAUACGUCUCAUAAACUGCAGCCGUGUGAUGUGGGUGUUUUUGGUCCCCUAAAAACAGCAUACCGGGCACAAAUUGAGCAGACCUGCCGCGCUGGAGUGGGUACCAUUGGUAAGCCACACUUCACCUAUCUUUAUAAUCGCGCCCGAAAGGAGGCACUUACACCCCGUAAUAUACGAUCUGCCUGGUCGAAAAGCGGCCUCUUUCCAUUCGAUCCGUCUCGCGUCCUCCGAGAGUUUGAAGCAUCCCAGUCCGAGAAACAGAUCGUGGUCCCUGUGGACCAUGCGACCGUGUCCUCUAAUGUCCGUUGCACUCCAAACACUUCUGAUCAUUUCGCAUUGCUAAGGAGAGAGGUCGAGCAAGAUACCCAGAGUAUAGAUAGUGUGUCAAAACAUCGUCUUCAGACACUGAGCUGCGCGGCCGAAAAGGUCUUUGCAGAACGCGCCUUGUUGCUUGAGGAGAACCGGAUCCUAUUUGAGCAGAACAAUGAGAAGACCUGUCGACAAUCCAGUGGCCUGACGGUUGUAGGACAUGCAAAAGUGAUGAGCUACGAGGAUAUCGUUGAGGCGCAGAAGAAACGCGAUAUGACGGAACAAGCCACGCGGGCAAAGAGGUCGAAAGCUGGGGGCAAGCUGCUUUCAAAAUCGGAGGAGAAGCGCAAGGCGGAGCAGGAGAUUCAAGCAUGGAAUGUGAGUGAUUAUUGCUUAGUUUUAGAUUUGUAG